AUGCAGCACAGCAAAGGACCCGAUUCUCCGGAGAUGGGGAGGACGGUCUCGCGCUCGCGCAGCACCAGUAUUUCCAGCGACUCCCAACUCCCCCGAGCCCAUCUGCUCGCCCCCACAGUAGUUACACCACCGCCCACUUUUAUCGCCUCUUCCGCUGCAGCCCAGAUUAUCACCACAGACCAGGAAUUCAACGCGGCCGACUUUGUUGCCGAUGAAGAUGGACCGGGCUCUCCUGCGAGUGCUUUUGUGACCCGCGAGGCUCUGUCAGCCCUCAACGGAUUUCUCGACUACCUUCUCUUUGAUAUCCUAGCUGCAGCAAAGUCGACACAGUUGGCCUGCAUCCGACCAGCGGUGGCAGACGUUCUGAAGCCACGCCUCGCCAAGGAAGUGGUAGAGGCAGCGGACGAUGAGCUGAGUGAGGUCUUGGGUGGCCCGGAAGACGAGCAGCUUGAGUUCCGUGGCGGCCAGACCCCUGGCGGUGAAUUCGACCUGAUUCGUUCGUGGAAGCUCACUCGCCUGCGAUGUAUGGUUUACACGCGCCUGGGUGACAUGGAAGAGGACGAGGAGGAAGAGCAUAUCGCACGGGAAGGCCUAGCUGACGAGGACGGCGUCCCGCGAAGACUGGCCAGUCACGUAGGAAAUAUCACACCCGCCGCAGCCAUUUUCUUGACUUCGAUUAUCGAACAUUUGGGCGAGCAAGCAUUGGUCAUCGCGGGUGAGACAGCUCGAUCACGACUGUCGACAAAACUCGAGCAGGAUUCCGAAGAAUCCAUGGAGACUGGAAUCAAUCGUGCAAGUAUGGAUCGACUGGUUGUGGAGGACCAUGACAUGGAAAAAUUGGCCUUGAACCCGACAUUGGGUCGACUCUGGCGAACAUGGCGCAAACGCGUCCGAGGGUCCAACCUGUCGCGGGCAGUUUCACGAGAAUCAAUGCGCCGCCGUCAUAGCGUGUUCACCACUACCGGCAGUAGGAAGAGCAGCGUUUUCACCGCGGAUGAAUUCUCAGUCCGUUCGGCAACCUCGCCAGUCCCUGAAACACCAAAAGACGUCGACCCAGCCUUGGUGCCCUUGCCGCUUAAUGACCACGAUAUUCAGGAAAUUGAGGUCCCUGGGUAUCUGCCAGAGCUCGAGACUGGCGAGAUCCAAACCAUGCAGGCUGUAGUAGCCCACAAAGUUCGUCCCCAUAGUCUUAUGGUACUCACACUGCCUUCCCCAAGAUCGCCAUCAUCGAACGGCAACUCGCCCCUUACCCCUAAGCUACAGACCGUGACAAUCACCCGUCAUGCUCGGUCAAGAUCGUUGCCCAACGCUGGACCCGGGGAGGAGACUCCAGAACCUGAGCAGUUUCCAGAGCGACCGUCACCGACUGCGUCCGAGGAGCGGCGGCGCUUGGAGACAAUGUACGAACAUGAUGAAGAUGACGAGCGGAAUGCAGACCAGGGACACAAGGAGGAAGCUAUUGAACUCGUGAACCAAGUAGACGAAGAAACAAAAGCAGUGUCGGAGUCGACCACGGUUCUAGCCACCUCUGUUGCGGCGCACGAGGUAAUCACUCCGGUGUCCCCAACGUCACCGAUCGAGACAGAAUUACUCGAGGGCCAAGGGACACGUGCGAGACCCAGAUUGGCUUCUACGCAGCGACCGCGACCAAAAACGAUGCGAGAACCAUCGAUUUACGAAGAGCGGUCACCACCUGCUACUCCUGUUUUGGUGGAUGAACAGUUCGGGUCAACGGUUAAGGAGGACGCACCGCCGACGCAAGGGGCUGACUCCGUCUCGGUAGCGCCCGCUGUCGAUCUCGAUGAGUUAUCAUCCGAGGAGUCUGUAGCCCCUCCUACCACUCGAUCUUCGACCGAUGACGGUAAUUCGUACAAGGCCUCCAGGCCCGUUUCAACCUCUGGAGAUAGCGCCUCCUCGGACGUUUCGCGGAAACUACCCAAAUCUAGCCCUCUCUCCAACGGUACCAAUCAUCGCUACGGGCGAUCCAGCCCUGGAAUCUCAUCUGUCAAAUCCGGCAUUGAGCGUGCCGCCGUUCAAAGACUGUCAGGGCGACCAUCCACCUCGGUGGCAUCUUCAAGCUAUUCCAAUCCGCGCCGUUCGGACAGUUUCGGCAGCAGCCGCGAGAGGCGUCCUGUGACGUCCGGCUCAUCAUCUGCUUCAAGCAAGCUGAAAGGCCUGAUCGUCCGUACCGGGGAUUCCAACUCUUUGCGCCUGCGGAACUCGUCUGAGAUAAGCAGGGUGUCAACUCAGGAGUCAGCUUUCGAUGACACCACCGGCCUGGAUGAGCUUAUCCGUAGCGAGGAAACUUUACACUUCACACUGACUCCUAGAAACAUGAGAGAAAUGGAGCUGCCUGAUUCACCCAGAUGGCGAGCCCAGCAGACCACCCCGUCUGAAUCGGAUCUCGCGCGACCAAGAACAUCUCACGCAUCUUCCAAAAGCAUCAUGGACCUUGCUCCCAUGUCCAAGUGCAAAUCAUCGGACCAACCCAAAUACACCCCGAUCGUGGUGCCUGCUGUACUCCCACCGCAGCCCACCACUGAGCAAAUGAGUGCUUCAACUCGUAACAGCAGUGCACGUUUGCAAGCACGCCCUGCUGUGGCCCCUAAAGGAGAUCAGACCUCCGAUUUGAUUGAUUUUAUCCGCGAGGGACCGCCUACUCCCGGAGCUCACCGGAUUUCACGUGCGGUGGCGCCAUUCCGCGACACUAUGGACUCAGACGAAUUGCAGGCUCUAGAGUCGGGGCGUCCGAGUAUGCAAGGAUCGCUGACGGCAAAUACACUAACUUCCGUUGGCUCCCACACCGGCCUUCUGGAGACAGGUCUUCGGUCCAGCACUCCCACCACAUAUAGCAAGGAGAUUUCGGAAGAUAUUCGACCGAAACGAACGCAGCGUCGCGUACGAGACCCCUAUGCAAUUGACUCGGAUGAUGACGACCUUGAAGAUCUUCUCGAACCCGCGAAACCAAAGCGCGAUGAGGAAAGUCUGAUGGAUUUCCUGCGAAACGUACCACCCCCUGCGUCUCCAGCUCCACCGCAACCUUUGACUACGAAUAUGGGUACCCGGCGGGGCUCAUCUGCUGGCUUUGUUGGUGCUUCAUCUGUGAAGACCCUGCUCACUCGGACCACGGCUACCGAGAAGAACGUCCUCUCACAACCUUCAAGGAGCUCCCUCCGCCAAGCGUCCGAUGCUUAUAUGACUGGGGCAAACAACAACUAUACGACUAAGUCUGGUGGAUCCAUGAAUGCUGCCUACGGCUUACCGUCUGUUUCUCAGAGGCAAACCGAGACUAGUGCGCUAGCCGACUUUCUCAGGAAUACUGGCCCUCCUGAGCCUCCAGUGACCAGACCUACGCAAACUGCUCCCCCAACCAAGUCGAAGGAAUCAGGCUUCUCGCGCCUUUUCGCACGUCGAAAGAAGAUCGAGGUCUGA